AUGGUCAUUUCGAACUUUCAAAGAAGUAAAGGAGCAGCUGGAGAAGAAGAAAUUAGUCCUCGAACAAAAAGAAGAGAAGCUUUAUUCAAACGGGAAUCUUUUGGAUCGGUAAAUUCGGAAAAGAUCCAAGACCGUCACGAAUGGGCGCUGGGCGAAUUCUUGGAAAAGGAGAAGAAUUUAACUAGAGAAGUAUUACAUUCGUCGGUCGAACCUGAUGAAGCGGGAAAAGUUACAGGCGACUUUAGGUACGAUCAUCAAUCACGUGAUCCGGAGUCGAAAAAUAAGGACCCGGAAUGGAUGAGUGGACCGUUCGUCAAGACUUCUCGAUAA